CCGUCUGGCCAUGGAAUGGCCGGAACGAGCGUUGGAGCCGUUGAACGUGUAGCGUCGAGUAGACCGCAUCCUAAAGAGGUAAGGGCGCGUGUGAAAAAAAUGUCGGAACAUCACCGCGUCGCCGCGGCAGCGGCUGCUGCGGCUGCUGCUGGUGGCUGGGGUACAUCGAGCCCUGGGAAUCGUGAUGACAAUGGUGGUACUGGUAAUGCUGGUGGUGGUGCUAAUAAUUGGUGGUCUGGUAUAAAUGCUGAACAACAGCAACAACUUCAACAACAAGCUGCCGCUGCUGCUGCUGUUGUACAACAGCAACAAACAUUACAUCAACAUUUAAUGAAUCAACAAGCAGCAGCUGCUGCUGCUGCAGCACAACAAUUAAAUCAACAUCAUCAAGACAUCGUACGCAGUACUGCCGCUGCUACCCAACAAUUAUUUUCAUAUAAAAUGGCAUCAAGUUUUCAAAAUCCAGCAAAUUCUGGUGGACAAUCAAAUACUACUGUAUCGACGACAUCAUCAAAUAGUGGUGGUGCCGGUGGUAAUAGUGGUAAUCAAAAUCAAAAUCAAAAUAAUUCUAGUGGUGGUGCUAAUUGUAUGAGAGGAGGUGGAUACGAUUAUCGUAUGCCCCAGCAAUCUGGUGGUGCUGGCAGUAAUACAUCUGCUGGUUCAAAUCAACCUAAUAAUAGUAAUAAUCAACAAGCAAAUACUGGUGGUAAUACUGCUAAUUCAAAUACACAAACAAAUAAUCCACCAGCUGGUAGUGUGCAAUGGUGGUAUACCACCAGUGGUGCUGUUAUGGACGCGAAUAAUGUUCAUCAACAAAUGCAAGGACAACAUUUAUCGGCAAAUCAAAUUCCCGCGCAUCAGAUCCAACAACAGCUGCCAGGUCAAAAUAAUUUACAACAAAAUAACACCCAAGUAAAUAAAAUGCCGCGUGGUAAAACGGAUUCAAAGCCGAGAGGGCGAAUGACAGCGUAUGCAUUUUUCGUUCAAACAUGCCGUCAGGAGCACAAGAAAAAACAUCCUGAAGAGACCAUCAUUUUCCAAGAAUUUUCGAAAAAAUGCGCUGAUAGGUGGAGGAUAAUGUCCGACAAAGAAAAAAAACGUUUCCAAGAAAUGGCUGAAAAAGACAAAAAAAGAUACGACGCUGAAAUGCAAAAUUACACACCACCCAAAGGUGAAAAUAUUAAAGGAAGAGGAAAGAAACGCAAGCACCUCAAAGAUCCCAAUGCGCCCAAAAGAUCAUUAUCGGCAUUCUUUUGGUUCUGUCAUGAUGAACGUGGAAAUGUAAAAAUGCGUAAUCCAGAGUAUGGUGUCGGUGAUAUUGCUAAGGAAUUGGGUAAAAAAUGGUCUGACGCAGAUCCAGAAACCAAAUCUAAGUACGAGGCUAUGGCUGAGAAAGACAAAGCUCGAUAUGAAAGGGAAUCGACUGCAUACAAGAAGAAAAUGGCAAACGGACCGGGAGAAAUUUUAUGAUCGGAAUUUCGAUUAAUAAGUCACUGAGAAGUAGAGAAAAAAUGAAAGAAUGAAAAUGCGCUAUUCUCAUCGGGGAUAAUUAUAAUAUUAAUGAUUAAUAAUUAAACUAUAAAUAAUAAUAAUACUUUGAGACAUUAAAUAAUUGAUAAUUACGAACGAAAAAGAUUGAAAAAAAAAAAAAAAAAACAUAAAAAAAACUUACAAUUUUAAUCAUACAUUAAAUAAUUAUUAAUUAAAAAAUGAUUAAUAACACGUAGGAUUGAAAAUAAAGAAAAAAAAACAAUUAUUUAAUAAGAAAGGAAGAAAAGAAGAAAAAAUAAUUUAUGAAAAAUCUUCAGGAAAAUUGAUAAUUUUUUUUAUUUUUGUUACAAAAGAAAAUCAUUUUUUUUUUUACCCAUUUUCUUUUGUAUUCAUUUUUUCUUCAUUUUUUUCCACGUAACAUUUUUUUUAUAAAUAUAUGUUAUAUAUUUAUACAUAUAUAAAUAUAUGUGUAUUUAUGCUGUGUGUGAAAAAAAUUUUUGUGUAACGAAAUUUGUAUGAAAAAAUUUUUUUUCAUUUAUUGCAUACAUAGUAUAUAUAUAAAUGUAUAUUUAUAUAUAUAUCAAUAUAUAUAUUUUUACCAUAAAAUUUUUUAAAAACAAAUUACAUUAAGUUUAGUAUUUGAAUAAUGAAUAAAUUUAAUUAAAAAAAAAUUAAUUAAUUAAUUAAUUAAUUAAGAAUUAUAAUUAUAAUUAGUUAUUAAAAUUAGUAAUAAUAAUUAGCUGAUAAUAAUAAUUAUUAUUAAAAUACAUGAUUAAUUAAAAUAUUGAUAAUUAUAAUAAAGAGCGUGUGUGUAACAAAAACAAAAAGUAAAAAAAAAAUAUAUAUUAAAAAAAAGAAAAAAAACUGACAAUUAAAGAAACAAUUAUUUGA